AUGCGCGAAGGAGCCGCGGAUGACAUUCACAUGUCGGUGCGGUAUGCACGCUUCCUAGACAUCCUGCUCGAUGCGUCUCUUUAUUCAUCCUCUCGGGUACACAGCCCAUCGGGAGCAGAUCAAGAGGGCUUUGUCCAUCAAGGGCUAGGGACGACCAUCAUUCCCCAAAAUCCCGCUCUUCUCAAUAAGCCUACACUUUUAGCUUAUUGGAAGGCGAACAGACUGGAUUCUGGAUUUUUCAAUAUUCAAAGUUCUAUAGAAUGGCUAAGGAUCGCAAAGUUGCUUCCUCUCGACGAAGCCGCUCUCGGCAUCGGACCCAAGUACUUCACUGAUCUUGUCACUCGUAACUAG